AUGGAUCGAGACACUGGAGCAGCGUCCGCAUCUGUCAACCAAAACGCUCCUGCGGCUUCGGAUCAGCAGGACGAAGGAAGAGAAGAUGCGGAGCGUAAAAGGAACAACAUUCGCAAAAGAACAAAGACUGGUUGUUUAACGUGCCGGAAGCGCCGAAUAAAAUGCGACGAAGGAAGACCGAUAUGCAACAAUUGUAUUAAAUCUAAGCGGCAAUGCGAGGGCUACAAUCAACGAGUUAUUUUCAAAGAUCCUAUGGGUACAAUACAGGGAGGGCCUUUUGGUCCUGCUUUCUAUCCCCAAGGCUCAGCGCAUCUUGGCCACUUACAAGUAAAAGCCUCUGCCCAAGGCCAGCUACCAACGAUUGCCCCUAAGCCACCUUCCGUUGGUUAUCCUGGGCAGCAACCACCGUACGGACAUUAUGUUCACGGACAGGGAGUGGUGGCUCCAAAUUCGUAUGACUUCAACGCCCCAGCGGUUCCUCACCCGUAUCAUCAAAUGAAUGGUAUGAUACCUGCAGACCCUUCAAUGCCAUACGCCAGAGCGCAAUCAGAUCCCCGCCAGCAUCAUGCCGACCCAGCCCUCAACGGACAGCGCGGCGUACCGUACCCGAGCGACAGUCAACCAGACCCCCUAGCCAUGAAGAGGGAAGGAAUGCAGAUGAAAGUAACUGUCCACGAUUACGACAUCGAGUAUGAUGACUUUGAAAUGCCAGAGGAUGAUGCUUCGAUGGGUGAAUCUGACGACGACACCCAAGACCCUCGACAGGUUCUCGGACCCGUAAUGAAGCAGUUCAAUGGAACUUGGGACACGAACGGCACACGAGUUCGAACCUUCUCAACAUUUGCCCAAAGCAAUAUUCUCUCUGAUUACACAGCUUCAGCCCGAAUAACGGAACUUAAAGAUCCCGUAAUGCUGCAGAUAUUUAUGCACUUUAUCCAAGUCACAGGCCCAAGUAUGUCAUUGUACGAAAGACACCCAUUCGACCAUACUGGCGAGAACUCUUUCGACCCUACUCCGAAAGGGGCCAACAAUCUUUGGAGUUAUACCUUCCCUGUCAUAUCGCUGAACCAUCCUGCGCUACUUCAUUCUAUGCUUGCUUUGGGUGCCCUGCAAAUAGCCAAGCUUCAAAACAUACCGGCCACGGCUGCAAUGAAACAUUAUCAUUUGGCAAUCCGCCGAAUAGCUAAGAAUGUUAACACGCCCAUCAGACGAACACAACCGGCAACAGUGGCCGCGACGUUAUUGCUAUCGUACUUCGAGGUAUGGUCUUCGGAUCAUACAAAAUGGUGCAAUCAUCUGCUUGGGGCCAGAAUAUUGUUUAGUGAAAUACCCCUAAGGGCGAUGUCAAGGAAGUAUCUGCCGGUGAAACGUUUCAAACAGGCGGAAAAGGAUGCCCAAAACCAGAACCAAAUGGACAGCUUCUUCCCUGGUCUCAGUAUCCCAUCCCAGAGCGAACUCAAUGACCUGGACUACGACAUUUUACGGGCAAUCUCAGGCCAGGAUGUCACAGCGGAUGAUUAUGGCCUUGGCGAAGGCCAAAGUAUCAAUCUAUCGAGCAAGGUGACCGAUAGAGAUAUUGAGCAUUAUGAAAACAUGCGUGAUCUUUUCUGGUGGUACUGCAAGAUGGAUGUGUAUCAAAGCAUGCUGGCAGGCACUAGACUAUUUAUGAACUACGAGUCUUGGUCUCAGUGUCCACCUAGAGCACCAAUUUCGAAACUCGAAGCUAUAUAUGGAUCAUAUGAUCAUCUCAUGCUUCUGCUUGGCCGACUGGCCGACUUUUCAUCCAAAGACGUUGCACGAAAGCGAAGAGCAAGUCUCGCCAAAGGGCCUUCCCCAGGAGCUAGCAACAGUUCACCGCCGUCGUUCCCUGGCAUUGUUCCUACAGACGGAAAUUUCCAGGUUCCUAGAGGAUUUACACCACCUAGGGAGACAUCACCAGAGAGUGAAAGUUCGGAAGAUCAUGAUACAGAAGCGAGCUACCUUGCUGCUCUAUAUGAAUGGGAAUCUAUCAAGCAGGGAUUUGAGGCAUAUGAAAACAGCUUGGGACCUGAGUUUCAACCUCUCAAGCCUGAGUUCUCAGACAGGAGAGAUUCGCCGUUUGGAAUGACGCUGCAGUACCGAACGUUCUCUGUGGCAGGAAUUUGGAUGAACUUUUACAUGGGCAGGAUCAAUCUUAUUCGAUGUCAUCCCUCGAUGCCUCCUGCUGCCAUGCAAGCAGCUGGGAUGUCAGCUCGUCAGACUGGACCAUACUCGAAUAAGGUGGGACGAAUAGCUGCUGGAUUGUCUGAAGAUGUCUCGCAGGCAACAGAGAUCACCACACUUGUCAGCGCCGCUUUCAUUGAGAGCUGCUUCUGUUUGUUUGUAGCAGCGAUUGAGUAUCAGGAUGAGAAACAGCGCCAUUGGGUCAUACGCCACUUGCGUGACAUUACUCGACUGACCGGAUGGCAAUCAGCGGAACGCAUCGCCACGGGAUGCGAGUCGUCCUGGAUGAAGGCCGCGCAGCUUGGCCGUGGUCCUCCUUACAUGCGCGCCCCAGAGACUGAGCCAGUACCUGUGGCAAGGUGGCAGAAUCCGCGACAAAUUGAUCGGUUUAUACAUGAAGUUGAGAGUGGCGAAAUACGGCGCAUAAGAGUGCCCAAGGCAGAGCGGGCUUCCCUUGCUAUAGGCUUGCUGAGUGUUGAACGAGAUCUUGAGUUUCUUGAUCUCAAGGAUGAUAAUUAA